GCAUCAGAUCCGAAGUUCAAGAAGUAUACGCAGCAAGUGGAGAGAUGCUUGAAUUCGUUUGACAAUGUGCACGAAUGGGCGGACUUCAUUGCCUUUCUAAAGCAGUUGCUCAAGACUCUUCAAGCGUAUAUGCAGUUCAAGGAGAUUCCCCGAAAGAUCGUUGUCGCGAAACGAUUAUCGCAAUGUCUAAAUCCCGCGUUACCGAGUGGAGUACACCAAAGGGCCUUGGAUGUCUACUCCCAUAUCUUAGCUGUUGUCGGGUCCGAAGGCCUUAAACGAGACAUGGCACUCUGGGCAUCCGGCUUAUUCCCCUUCCUUGAGUAUGCAGCUACAUCUGUCAAGCCCACCCUCCUUAACAUCUGCGACACGUACUUCUUGCCCCUUCAAGCGGGCUUACGACCUAUCAUGAAAUCUUUCAUUCUUGCUUUACUUCCGGGGUUAGAAGAGGAGACUGGGGAGUUCUUUGACAAGGUCUUAAGCCUAUUAGACCGGCUUUCAGGGACGGUUUCGCCGUCUUUUUUCCUACAGAAUAUAUGGCUAGUCAUGCUAACGACUCCCUCUGCUCGUGGAACAUCACUCACAUUCCUCUCUCGACGGCUUCCUCGUCUCAAUGGUGACGAAGUUGGCCGGGACAUUGGUCUAAUGAUCCGCGCAUUUGCCGCAGCGCUUGAAGACGACAAUCUGCUCGUCAGGCGUAGCGCUCUUGAUCUGCUGUUGCAGAGUUUACGCAUGGACAACGCAGCGGUGCAAAAGGCGUCGGCAGAGGACCGUGCGAUUCUCAUGCGAGCAGCGACGAGUGUCGUCAUGCGCAGAGAUAGUUCGUUGAAUCGACGCCUAUAUACGUGGCUGUUAGGCCCCCAAGAGAACAGCGAACAACAGACGCAGUAUUUCAAGUCAAAUGCGCUUGAACUGUUGCGGGCGACGCUGCAAGAGGAAAUGUUCUCACCUUCUGCGGAGUACUCAGAGUCACGGCCGUUCAAGAUUUUUAUCUCCUUGUUGGAUAAGUGGGAAGUUGGCGGCCCGCUAACAGAAGUGUUGGUUCUCGAUGCGUUCAACGCUCUCAAGAAGGCGAUGCUGUCAAGUCUAGAUAACAAUGACGAGAUCGUCAUGACAGCAAGUACGCUGUACCAGGCUGUCGAGCCCCGUGUCGUUUGGAGGCAAUUGUUAGGAUCCAUCCUCCAAGAGAUUAUCGGUGAUGGGAUUGAUUGCGAGGCGAUUCAUUUGGCUCGUUUCAUCUUGACGACAUUCCAUGUACAAGAUGACGAGAUCCAAACCCUUCACUUCCCCCUAGUCUUUGCUGCCGUCGUGGAAAUUGUCAAAGUGAUACCUUUCAGUCAUUUUUUUCGCGUGGCGUCUAUUUACAAUAAUGCUGUUUUACAGUAUCAAUUCUCGACAUCCGUCUCCAAACCCUCCUUGCGUUCUCUUGCAACUCACUUUACCACGGCAUUUAAAAAUGUUGUGGAGCUCAGUAUUGCCUGCGCUAAAGACUUAUGCCACGCAACUCGCAAGGAUGCUUCUUUGCGUGACAUAUUUGUGCAGUCCUUACUCCUAGUUACUCAGCUUGUGGAAGGACUUGGUGGACGCGCGGACUUGAAAGCUAAGGUAGACUGGGAUCCAGUGGAAUGGCUUGCCGUAAUUUUGACUGUAAUCGAACAAGAGAACACAACUUUCAUCGUUGUCGAUAGAGUCAUUUCUCUGGUCAUUGCCCUGCAUCAUACCAGUGGACUUGAACCUGGUGUCUCGAUUCAGGCGCGACAAACUACAUUCAAGAUGAUUCAUACUCUCUUCAGAUAUCUGCGUCCUAACUGUACCGUGUACCAUGCGCGCGCUGUCAACCUCAUCUGGGCAUUGGAAAAUGUGACUAAGAGGCCAUAUGUCGAGUCCAUUGUUGCACAGGGUCUCACAUCCCCCCAGUCUCGAAAUGUGCAGGAGUCAUACGAGGCAUUUGGAGUAUUCUGGCGAUUGACUGAGGAUAGUUUGCUGCCAGGCUUUCACUUCAAGGUUCCAAUAAUGAUUGUUUUGGACACGUUGAAAAGCGACGACCCUAACCUCCGCCGGGUUGGAGAGACUUGGAUGCGUUGUAGCUUAAAGUCGUAUCUCCGGGUCCUGGACCCUAUUCUGUUUGAUCUUCUGGACCCGGCGUUACGUCGAACACCCUCUGUUUCCAAGAUAAAUGGCAAGGAGCUCCGGGAUUUCUCCUAUGAACGACCAAUCGAUCAGUCAUACAUUACUUACCUCCUGGAAACACUGCUAUCGAUCGUUCGAUUCGGAGGACAGGGCUUCAGCAAGACUGCUCGAACAAGUCAUGUCAGACGCUCACACCAUGCGGGGCUUGUCGAACGAAUUGAAGCCUGUAAUUGUCCUCACUUAUAUGCAUCAUUUCUAAGGUUCUUGCAAUCCGAGUGUAAACACAGACGCGUCGAACGAAUGGGUUCUGCCAACAUCAUCAUUCAAUCGACAGCGAUUGAUCUCCUCCAGGCUAUUGUUGCCCGAGGAGAUGUCGACGGCCUUGCCCUCGAAGGUAUUGAGGCGGCGGUGAUCGGUAAAUUGUAUUUUUCUGUGCAUAUGAAGCGCAUCGACCUCCAGAACAAGCUUCUCCAUCUUCUCCACUCCGUAAUAUCUGCGACGACCGCUACUGCGACCCGAACAGCCAAACCGACGACAGUCGCCUCAGUUGAUGGUAUGCCGGAGAGACCCCCUUCUCCCAUUGGAUCACAGGAAUUGGGUGGUCAGAUGCACUCUGUGAAUCCACUUUUGGUGCAGACUUUAAUCGACGGCAUCGCUGUAUCGUCCAAUCGCCCUGUGUUGCAGCACUGGUUGGACUUCAUACUCAUGACAGUACCUCAAUUUCAGCAUGCGCUGCAAGCUGUAGUGUCACCUCUCAGCGAUUGUGUCGGUCGUCAACUCCGAUCUAGCCUGGCAGAUAUCAGCCGGGUAUUUACUGAUAAACAGGAGGAUGAGGAUUUACAGUCAAUGACCACUGACGCAGAUUUCACCAUGCUUCUCAAUGCACUCGAGCGUUUAAUCAUUUUGAAUCUAAAAACAUCUGAUACUGCGCAGGCAGAAGAUGACAGUAUCCUUCCAGAGAAAUCCCCAGGAGGAGAGGGCGGUGGCCUACUUGGAAUGAUGACGACAGUCUUUGGCUCCGAGACAAUACCCAUAGUCCCAGAAGAACAAAUGACGGCUCGUUCGCCUGGAUACCGUUCAUUACAUGAAGGUAUCCGCGUGCUGUAUACCAUUUGGUCUACCAUGACAUGGCCAGAGUCGAAGUCGUGGACACCAAAGGACGACUCAUUGUCUAUGAUCUGCAGCAAGUCACGAUUGCGCUGUCGACGGGUGUUUGAGCACUUUUUCCGUGUACAAGCGCCUGAGGUAUUGGAAUCUAUUAUCGAUUGCUGGAAUCGGGAUCCCUCGGUGUCGGCAUUUGAACUGGUGGAUGCCUUGACAUCUAGUGCCCAGAGUGUUGUACACAUGGUGUGCGAAAGCAUAUCUUGUCGCGUCCCUGGCCUCACGGAGAGAGGCAGAAAGCAGGUAGUUAACCCUGACCUCAACCUGUUUCGGUUUCUGGAGCAAUAUUUGCAGCAGUUAGAAGGGCCGUUAGCUCUCCAAGUAUGGGGCCGCCUCCAUCAGCUUGCGAAGGAUAUUCUCGGAAAUCUCAAGGACUUCAAGAAUCAGCUCUAUCCUGUUUUGAGGUGUGUAUCCGUUUUAGCUGACAAGAUGACACAAACUACGGCAAUGGAAGAUCGGCGAGUACGAAAAGAGCUCCAAGAUACUUUCGGGAAGCUACUUGACUCUGUCGUAGUUUCUGCUGGCCGUAACUCUGAUCAAAGUUCUUGGAUUCGCCGUGGUGCAAAGGAAUCAUUGAACGGCCGGGACUCUCCUGUACCUCGCGGUAAUAUCUCUACGAUUGCGCUUCACGGACAGAUCAACCGAUAUGUUGCCAGUACGGCGUUACCCAGCUUGCGCAGAUUCCUUAUGGACAAUGACAAAAUCACUGCCGCAUGUGUUAAUAUCGUCUACUACAUCAUUACCCCUUCUAUGAAGGGAAAACCCAGACCUCUAGACGUCGAUGAUAUCAUUCUUCAAAUGAUCCUGGAGAUGAGUCGAAUCCCGGCUGCUCUCAAGGCUUGGCGAAGCGUAGUAUCAGACAUCCUCAGCGAUAAUCGAUUCUUCAACAGCCCGCUAGAAGCCGGACGUGGCUUUAGAUCAAUAACAAAGGCCCUGAUUGACACAGAUAAGACCGCUUUCUCAGAACUUCUAGGCAAAGUAACGACUGCUCCCUCCACCAAUAUUUUCACAAACAGGGAAUAUGAGAAUCUACUCCGUUCGCUCAACCUCCGUCGACUGUCUUACGCCCUGUAUUGUGGGGAGAAGAAUCAAUUCUUGACCUCCUUACCGACAGUCCAGGAAAAAUUGGUUGAUGUCCUGCGGAACGUCCCCGCGCCUAUUGUACAAGCCGAAGUCUAUCUAUGCGUCCGUGUUCUGUUGUGUCGGCUUAGCGCGCAUAACCUUGUCAGUUUCUGGCCAGUCAUCUUGACUGAAAUGUACCGGCUCUUGGACCAACUUAUGACAAUACUCCCAACCGACGGCUCGGAAGACCUACCUUUAGUCUUAUCCGCGUGUAAAUUCCUCGACCUUUUACUUGUGCUGCAGACAGAGGAUUUCCAAGUGUAUCAAUGGAUUUUCAUCACGGACACCGUCGAUGCAGUGUAUCGCCCAGAUGACUGGCUUCCCGAGGCCAUGUUCGACCAGCUGGCAGAGAUUGGAUCAAGGCUGCCCAUCACAGAAGGUGUUGUCCCUUCAUCAAGGGGUCCUCCAUCAAGUCCUUUGUUCGCAACGUCAAUAGAUGAAGAGCGAUCAAUGCGUCGACCUAUGCUCAAUGACCUACGCCAGAUAGACUCCAUCCGCGAUCUCGUCCCAUUCUUCUCAAGCGUGAGCAUAGCGAGUUACGAGAGUGUGUACAUGAGCGGAGGUAACAUCGACUGGGAAGAGGUCGAGCGAGGACUUGUGGGUGAUAUGUUUGAGGGAACGAAACCUUAAAGCAUCUCGUGGCUAACUUUUUAUUCGGAUGAGCUUUGGACAAUCGCAUCUGUUUGUACUUUUCCUUCCGAUUUGUGUAUAUUCCGAGACAUAGAAUUUAGGAGAUAUUUAAUCAACCGAGAAUAAGAAAUAACAUCCGUGCAGAACGUG